AUGAGCUCUGAUGAAAAAUACGAUGCUGCUUUGGAUUUAUUACGCCGUUUGGAUCCAACUAAAGUAAAGACAAAUCUACAAAACUUGAUCAGUUUGGAACCUUCUUUGGCCGAAGAUCUAUUAUCUUCAAUCGAUCUACCACUCACGAUCAAACAAGAUACAAAGGCCUCCAAUCGUGAAUUUUUAUGUUGUGAUUACAAUAGAGACAUGGACUCUCAUAGAUCGCCUUGGUCAAAUGAUUACUACCCACAAUUAAGUGCAGAGGACCUCGCAGAAAGUCCCUUUCCAAGUGAGAAGUUAAGAGAAUUGGAAAUCAUUUGUAAUGAUUCCUUUGACGUUUAUAGGGAUUUAUAUUAUGAAGGUGGUGUCUCUAGUGUCUACUUGUGGGAUUUAGAUGAGGAAUCUGAUUUUGCAGGCGUGAUCCUUUUCAAAAAGAGUAACAGUAGUUCCAGUAGUUGGGAUAGUAUCCAUGUGAUAGAGGUUACUAACUCUGGUAAUGCGGAUUUUAAUUAUAAAGUUACUACAACCAUCAUCUUACAAUUAGAUAACCAUGUAACUUCAGAAUUAAAAUUGUCUGGUAAUUUAACAAGACAGACAGAGCGAGACAUUAGAGUAGAUACUAAUAAGGAUGAUCAAUUACGUAUUGCUCAUAUUACUAACCUAGGCACUUUAAUUGAAGACGUAGAAUCUCAAAUGAGAGAUAUGCUGGAAACUGUAUAUUUUGAAAAGACAAGAGAUAUCUUUCAUCAAAAUAAAAAUAGUUUAAUAUCGAAGAAUGAAUCUGGAAAGAAUGCUCAAGCUGAAAUUGUUAAGGGCUUACAAAAUUUGUAA